UAGCUCAGGAAGGCGGGGCCGGCGUGAGUAGCUGAGAGUCGGGCGCGGCGGUUGUGGGGCCGGUAGUGGCCUGGUGAGGUUGGUUGGUCAGAACUCUGCAGGCCACAAUGACUUCGACAAAUAAAGCAAUUGAAUUACAACUACAAGUGAAACAAAAUGCAGAAGAGCUGCAAGACUUUAUGAGGGAUUUAGAAAACUGGGAAAAAGAUAUUAAACAAAAGGAUAUGGAACUAAGAAGACAGAAUGGUGUUCCUGAAGAGAAUUUGCCUCCUAUUCGGAAUGGGAAUUUUAGGAAAAAGAAGAAAGGCAAAGUUAAAGAGUCAUCUACAAAAACCAAAGAUGAAAACACGAAAAACAGGAUAAAAUCUUAUGAUUAUGAGGCAUGGGCAAAACUUGAUGUGGACAGUAUCCUCGAUGAGCUUGACAAAGAUGAGAGUACCCAUGAUUCUGUGUCUCAAGAAUCAGAGUCAGAAGAAGAUGGGAUUCAUGUGGAUUCACAAAAGGCUCUUGCUCUAAAAGAAAAGGGCAAUAAAUACUUCAAACAAGGAAAAUAUGAUGACGCGAUUGAAUGCUACACCAAAGGCAUGGAUGCUGAUCCGUAUAAUCCUGUAUUGCCAACAAACAGAGCAUCAGCAUACUUCAGACUGAAAAAAUUCGCUGUUGCUGAGUCUGAUUGUAAUUUAGCACUUGCCUUGAAUAGAAGUUAUACAAAGGCUUAUUUAAGACGGGGUGCGGCUCGAUUUGCUUUGCAAAAAUUAGAGGAUGCCAAAAAAGAUUAUGAAAAAGUAUUAGAACUGGAACCAAAUAACUUUGAAGCUACAAAUGAGCUCAGGAAAAUUAAUCAGGCUUUAACUUCCAAAGAAAAUUCCUGUCCAAAGGAAUCUGAUAAAAUGAUUAAGUCAGCUGAAGGAGAGAAAAAACACAUGGAAGAGCAACAGAAUAAACAGCAAGCCAUUUCAGAGAAAGAUCGGGGGAAUGCAUUUUUCAAAGAGGGGAAAUACGAAAGAGCAAUUGAGUGCUAUACUCAAGGGAUGGCCGCAGAUGGCGCUAAUGCCCUUCUUCCAGCUAACAGAGCAAUGGCCUAUCUGAAGAUUCAGAAAUAUGAAGAGGCUGAAAAAGAUUGCACACAAGCUAUUUUAUUAGAUGGCUCCUAUUCUAAAGCUUUUGCUAGAAGAGGAACUGCACGAACAUUUUUGGGAAAGUUAAAUGAGGCCAAACAAGAUUUUGAGACUGUUUUACUUCUGGAACCUGGAAAUAAGCAAGCAGUAACCGGACUUUCUAAAAUUAAAAAGGAAUUAAUUGACAGAGGACACUGGGACGAUGUCUUUCUCGAUUCUACUCAAAGGCAAAACGUGGUAAGACCCAUUGAUAAUCCACCUCAUCGCGGAUCAACUAAACCGCUCAAGAAGGUUAUUAUUGAAGAGACUGGUAAUUUGAUACAGACUGUUGAUGUGCCAGAUAGCACUACUCCUGCUGCUCCAGAGCAUAAUCCUAUUAAUCUAGCAAAUGUAAUAGCAGCCACAGGCACGACAAGCGAGAACUCAAGCCAGGAUGACCUUUUGCCCACAAGUGAUAUCCCAAAAGCAAAAGUAUUGAAAAUAGAAGAAAUCAGUGAUCCUUCAGCUCUGCAAUCUCAAGUCAGUUUGAAAAAGGAUGUAUGUCAGUCUUUCAGUGAGAAGAUUUCUGUAGAAGUAGACAGAACACCUGCUCAGGUUAUCAGGACUGUCCUUCCUCCAGUUCCUGCAAACUCAUUUCAGCUUGAAUCUGAUUUCAGACAAUUGAAAAAUUCACCAGAUUUGUUGUAUCAGUAUUUGAAGCAAAUUGAACCAUCCUUGUAUCCUAAGGUGUUUCAGAAAAAUUUAGAUCCAGAUGUUUUCAACCAGAUCAUUAAAAUUCUGCAUGACUUUUACAUUGAGAAAGAAAAGCCAUCACUCAUCUUUGAAAUCUUAAAAAGACUUUCUGAACUAAGAAGGUUUGAUAUGGCUGUGAUGUUCAUGUCAGAACCUGAGAAAAAAAUUACACAUGUAUUAUUCAAUCACAUAGACAAAUCAGGAUUGAAUGAUAAUUCUGUCGAAGAACUCAAAAAAAGAUACGGUAGUUGAUUUCCAUCUUUACUGAAAUUAUUGUCUUUGACUUUCACACGUAAAUUUUUUCUACUGAAAAUAAAGUGUUUUGUUUUGCUUUUUAAGAAAACGAAAUCAUAUAGAAAAGGACUCUUUGGAUGUAAGCUCAUUAACUAUAAUGUGAAUUAUGUUUUAACUAGUGAGAGAUAUACUUAAACGAACUAUUUAUUAGAAGUCUUUUUUUCUGAAAAUAAAAAUACAAAUAAUGAAGUAUACUUAUAAAAAAUCAGUAUUUUAUUUUAGAAGUCAUUUUAAAUGUUAAGUUUAGAUAUUCUUCAGUGCCCUGCAAGUGUUACAUUAUUUUUAUAUUUUUGUAACCACAUGACAAAUUUGCUUUAUUAGCAUAUGAAUAAAGUUAUAUUUAUAUAAAGGGAA